AUGGUUGAUGGCAAUCCAUCCACGAGUUCCAUAAAGGCUAAUUCUAUGACUUGUCGUGUGUGUGGAGACAAAGCCAGUGGGUACCACUAUGGAGUCAUUUCUUGCGAGGGUUGCAAGGGUUUCUUCCGACGAAGUAUCCAAAAACAAAUAGAGUAUAAGUGCCUACGUGAUGGUAAAUGUACAGUGACUCGAAUGAACCGAAACCGUUGUCAAUACUGCCGCUUCCGCCUGUGUAUCGAUAGGGGGAUGUCGAGAGACAGUGUUAGGUACGGCCGCAUGCCACGCCGUUCCAACAGCCCUGAACCUGCUUGUCUGAAACCGGAAUCCACUGGGGGGUCGCAGGUGAGGAUUCACCAAGAUCCCGCCCUUCCUUCUCCAUCCUCUGCCACCGCUACGAGCGCAUCUGCCGCCAGGGCAUCUGGUGGGACGUCGAAUUAUAGACAACCGAAGACCCCUGAACAAAUCGCCCUCCAAAAUCUUGUUGCAGCCAUUUGCAACUCGUACUUUGUUUACUGUCCAUAUACGGAGGAACGAAUCAAGCUGGUCAGGAAAACGCCCUGGACACUGGUAAGUCAUUCGCCAUCUUCAUUUCUCGGGUUUUUUAAAAAGGAAACUCGGUUAAGGUUCGAUAUACGGGCAGCUGUGCCUCACUAG